AUAAUUUUGAAGGCGGGAAAACGGCAGCGCCUAGCCCUUUACAUAACGGAAAAGUCUACCCUCCUCAUUCACUCAAUAUUCAACACUCACUGAGUUGAACCACUAGCGACAGAAUUGGGUCUCGUUUCAAAGCACAAAAGAAUAUGGGUUGGAAUUACGCAGACAUUUCUUUAGAAGAAAUGAUGAAAUUGAUAAAAGGGUUUGUAGAUGUACUCAUUCUGGCAUCUGGGUAUCAGUCUUCUGGCCUUCCUGCCCACUGGGAUGCCCACAAUAUCAAGAAAGCUUUUCACUGGGCUCUUUUUUUUGAGAAUGUGUUUAGGCAGUUGAGCUCCACAGAUGUUUACCUGGACUCAUUGAAGGAACUUGAUGCAGCGCUAAAUGAAAUGACAUCCAAUCCUUCCUUCCCUCAGGGUCUUUUGCAUCUGUCAUGUGCUACUCUCAGUAGAGCCAGAGCUUUUGUUUCCGAACAUUUCAUACAUCCUUUACCUUUGAGGGAUGCACAUCUCAGCGCUUACCUAAGAGCAACAGUGGAGAUGGAUCUUAAUGAGCUUUCAAAAAUUGAGGAUGACUGCCUUAAUAUGUAUCUCCAAAAGUUGAUGCUCCUGGAUUCAUCACUUAACUUGGUUCAGGAACCGAAGGGUUUUGUGAAGGACUCAUUUAAGUCAUCUUCAGAUGUUGCUCCACCUAAGAAGAUCGAAAAAUGUACGACUGAUGAUUUUACAGCGUUUGCUGUUCAAGGGUUGUCUAAGAGGCAGUCGGCAUUGUCAUGCAUAUCAACAAUUAAGACAGGCUUAGAUGUCCUCUCCACUGCUGUGAAACACAGUAGUUGGACUGAGCCUGAUAAUAGCUUUAGCGAAGAACAUUUGAAGCAAGAAAGAGCUCCAGCAUUGAUGGGGGGUGAAGACGACUUGGUUGAUUUUGUCACAUGGAACUGCUGGAAAUCAAGAAAUUUCUUGUAUUUUCUUGAUAUGAGAACUGUUAGAUUGGUCUCUGGUGCAAGCAUGAUAUUUUCUGCACCCAAGUGCCAGUGGGUACAAAUAUUUGAACGGCUGCAUUUAUCAGCAGAAGGCAGUGAUGAUGAUUUGAGUGAAAUGAUUGAGCUUCUGUUACUUGGAUGCAUUGGAAGCAAAUGGAGUUGUCUGAUUGAACAUUUCAUGUCAAUUUCUUAUGAUUCCCUUACCAUCUCAAAGCAGUAUUAUGAAUUGUGCCAGGGAAUACAACAUUUUCAUUCUAAAGAGGAGAUGAUGAACUUAAAGGAAACUUGCAUUCUGGAGUAUCUGAUUGAACUGUUAAGUGGUCGACUUCAUCAGCUCUGGAAACUACCGCCUGCCCUUAUAUCAGUUGCCAUUCCAUCGUGGUCACCUUUAUUUAGACUUUAUUUGAGUGAAAUAGAGACACAUUUCAAGGGAGAUACUUUAACUAUGAGAUUCUGCAGUUGUUCUCAAGAUGGGAAGGAACACAAGAAUUGUGAACUUGCUGAAAGAAUCUGGUUGCUUUACAUAUUUCAUAUUUAUGGGUCUCAUCUGAUGUCCGGUGCUAUUAGUGCUUGACAAGUGAGCUUGAGCAUUACCUCUAUUCUUGA